AUUUACGUGACAUGCACAUAGCGGCACGCACGUACGGGCAAGCGAUCAAAUGUUUGGAAGCGUACUCACGGCACCGUGUCUGCGUAUCCAACUCAAAGUCCUCCUGGUAAGAGUCUCUGUUGUCCCAGUUCUCCACAGGCCAAUGGUAAAGAUUGACUGUCAUCUUUCGCGAAUGUAAACAAUGAAACACCGGCCGUGUUUGUGUUGCUAAAGUCGGCCGCAAUACACCGCUUCCCUCAUACAGUUUUCUUCUUUGCUGUCUCCAUUGUUCAUUGAACAAAUUGCAAAAGAUUCACCAACACAGAUGUCCAGAAUACUGUGGAAUUUUGCGAUGAAACAGACGACUUAAUAGCUGGCCAUCAUGCUGUCUCAAAAUGUCCUCCACAAUCCGUGACAUCACGCGCUGAUGUCAUCAUACCGAGACGUUUUCAGCAGGAUAUGUCGCGCGAAAUUUAAAAUUGCACUUUAGUAAACUAACCCGGCCGUAUUGGCAUGUGUUGCAAUGUUAAGAUUUCAUCAUCGAUAUAUAAACUAUCAGACUGCGUGGUCGGUAGUAGUGGGUUUCAGUAGGCCUUUAAUAACCACACUGCAAUAUUAGGAGUAAGCAGGAGGAGUCUAUGCAGUGGUUUGGAUCUUCUGUGAAGGCUCAAUGGAAAGUCCAAGACAGGUGUGACACCUACACCAGGAGCUCACCUGCGCCCUGCCGAGGGGCACACCAGUCUGAGGAGAGACGUCUCUUGGCUGCAAGGUCUGACCGCCAGUCCAUUUCAGUUAUUUCCAGCAGCACAUAGUAUGUCUCUGAAAAGCAUCCCAGCAUUAGAGAUUUUCCUGGCCAUUCUGGGCAUCGGCCUCCUCAUCAUGUUCUGCACCACCUUCUGCCGGGCGUGCAGUCGCCUCAGGCAGGAGCAGAUCGAGAGGGAGGCGUGGCGUCGCAGCGAGCAGGACAAUCGCCCUCCUUCCAUAUAUUUCAUCCCCUUCCCCGGCAGACUGUCGCAGCAGGACGAGGAAGACCACCACAGGACGCCUCGGUACAGCCAGGAGAUCUUCACGCCUCCGCAGUACAACGCCGCCAACUACAGUGGACCUCCUCCCUCCUAUACUGAGCUGGGGUGCAAGCCUGACGACCUGCCGCCUGCGUACACGGAAUACAGCGUCAACCAAAUCACGGCGUCAGCUCACACGGACGCCGUCCAGCCUCCGACACAAGCAUAAAAGUCUGCCAAGUGGACACUGACUCUUGCACUGGACUAUCUGCAAUGUGAGUGAAAGCACGGAGAUAAGAAGAACGGACGCUGCUGAGUCGGCACCAGUCUGGAGGUAAUGUAACGACUUUGAAGCUAAUUGUAUAAACAUUUCAACUAAAGUAGCUGGUCUACUUUCAUAUGUUAAACUCCUAAUUUUUUAUGCAAA